GAUCUUGUUUCAAUGAUCAUGCAGAUGGUUUCUGUUUCACCUCCAUCAAUUCAACAUGAUAUCAUUACAAGUCUGCCAGAAAUUCUGGAAGAUUCCCAGCAUAGUGAAAUUGCCAAACAACUUAGUUCUUUAUUAAAGGAGAACAUUGGGCUUACAGUUCCAGUCCUGGAUGCACUUUCCUGUUUAAAUCUUGAUAUGGAACUUCUGUCUGAGAUACGCCUCUCUGUCAUGAGUUCAGUAUCUGCUGUAAAAGUGGAAGAUUUACCCAUAAUAGUUAAGUUUAUUCUUCAUUCUAUGAAGGCCACUGAAGCAACAGAGGUAAUUUCUGACCUUCGUAAGAAGCUGAACCUGGAAUCAUGUGCCGCCCUUCCAAGUAUCCAGGCUUCUCAGAGUAAACUCAGCAGCCAGGCACAGUCAAGUCUAUCUGCAAGCCAAAUGAGUAUUAACAAGGAUUCUUUCAAGCUCCUUUUUGAAGUAUUAAAGUCGGCUCUUAAAUUUCAGAAGUGUGUAUUAGAAGGUUGGAUUAAGGCUAUUGAGAAUAUUCCUACUGCCUCUGAUCAUAAGGUCCUGGAUAUGGUAAUGCUGUUAAUAAUCUAUGCUACAAGUACCAAAAACAAGAAGCAAAUUGAGAGAUUGUUGAAGAGUAAGAUUCAGUCGGGUUGUUUGCGAGAGCAGUUGCUGCAGAACGCCUUCCGAUAUCACUCGCUGGUUAUGAGAGAUUUUUUUCCAGCAAUCUUGUCAGUUGCUGAGAGCUUUGUGAACUCAGUAGAUCCUUGUGUUAUCUCCUUUGGUAGCUGCAUGUACAAGCAAGCAUUCACGGCUUUUGAUUCUUACUGCCAGCAGGAGAUUGUGGGUGCCUUGGUUACUCAUAUAUGUGGUGGCAACAAGGCUGAAGUGGAUGUUUCUCUGGAUACAUUAACUGAUCUUGUGUCUGUCCAUACCUCAUCAGUUGUUUCUUAUGUUGUCUUUCUGAAGAGCACCUUGGACUACAUGGAUAAUCUCGGUCCACAGCAAAUUCGGAAGCUAUUUCAUAUCCUCAGCAUGCUGGCAUUCAUCCAGGGGCAUAGAAACAGCCACAUCCAGGAUGAUAUGCACGUGGUGAUUAGAAAGCAGCUCUCAAGUACGAUCCCUAAGUAUAAACGUAUUGGGAUUAUUGGAGCAGUUACCAUGGUUGGCAGUAUGGCAGCCAAGAGGAGCAAAGAAAAUGGGAAAUUGCUGGAAAGGGAACAGCUGACCAAGGAACAACACAGAGAGAUUAUAACUUUGCUGGAGCUUGUAUUCUCCUGUUGCGGGCAGGAUCCUCAUGCCUUGGCUUUAUACUAUGAUGAACUUGCCAACUUAAUUCAGAAAGGAAAUCUGGAUUUGCAGAUCCUGGCCUGGAUUAAGGACUAUGUGGUCCAAGACUUUGAGAGCGAUUUUGUCACAGAUCUUCUCCAGAUAGAGGAUAGUACUUUCCCAUUCCCAGUGAAAGCUCUAUAUGCCUUGGAAGAUGGUGAAAGUGAGGGGGGUAUUGCUAUUAACUUGCUGCCCCUGUUGUCCCAGAGCUUUUCCAUGAACCUGGAUGUAACAGCUGCGGAAAGCAAGGACAAAAGGCUAGUGUCUCCAGUAUGCUUGUCACCCUUCUUCCGAAUGCUGAGGCUCUGCAUGUCAGAACUGAAUAAAGGGAGUAUGGAGGACAUUGAUGCCUUGUUAGUGUGUCCUUUAUAUCUGACCAGCUUGGAGGUGGCAGAAAAAAUAGAGUCCUUGUCAAAGGAAGAACGUGAGUUCCUUUGUUCGCUCUUAUUUCAUGCGGUGAACUGGUUUCGUGAGGUUGUGAAUGCUUUCUGCCGAGAAGAAGACCCUAAUAUAAAAGGAAAAGUUUUGACUCGGUUACAGAACAUUACUGAGCUACAAUGUACUCUGGAAAAAUGCUUAGCAGCAAGCCCUGGAUAUGUUCCUCCUCUCGCUAACUUUGAUGCUGAGACCUUAGAAGCUGCACCUGUCCUCAAUACCACUUCUGUUAUUAAAAAAAAGAACAAAGGACAAAAAAGACUAAAAUCAGAUAGCAGCAAAAACAGCUUUGGAGAUAGUUCACAAGUGGAUGAGAACUUGGAAAUAAUUCAAGCUGAAGCUGAGACAAGUCAACAAGAAAAAUCUAGCUCUCCAGAAAAAGAUCCAGGAACUCCUUUAAUACAGCUGCAAAAUUACAGUGCAUACUUCCGUGAAUUAGAUUUGGAAGUUUUUACCAUCCUUCAUUGUGGACUGCUGACCAAAUCUGUUCUGGACUCAGAGAUGCACACAAAG